AUGUUCGACUUAGCACCCCAUCCCUCCGCACCCGUCGUUAUCGCAACGACCCAUAAAUCAUAUCGAUUAGGGAAAGAUAGAGGAUUGCCACCGCAUCUUGUAGGAGAGCAGAGCAAUUAUCUCGUCGAGUUAACAGAUGAGAACGAUCCUGCCAAUGCAAAGUCAUGGACUUUCAGAAGAAAAAUGAGAACUGCUGCAGUUCUAGGAUUUGAUACUCUUAUUGCAUCAUGGGGUUCUUCCGUGUACUCAGCAGCCGUGACACCAGUUGCCAUGGAAUUUGGUGUCAGUAGUAUCGUGGCUAUUCUCGGUCUGACGUUGUAUAUUUGUGGUUUCGCUACCGGUCCAUUGUUUUUUGGUCCAAUCUCUGAACUCUAUGGUCGAAAGACUCCGGUCACUGGAGCAUGCUUUGUCUUCACCUGCUUUAUGUUCGCGGCGGCAACCGCAAAGGAUUUCCAGACAUUGAUGUUAUGUCGAUUCUUCGCAGGUGUUUUCGCUUCUUGUCCAUUGGCUGUUGUCGGUGGUGCCUUUGCCGAUAUGUUCGGAAACGAGACUCGAGGUAUUGCCAUUGCUUGUUUCUCGGCACUAGUCUUCGUUGGCCCCUUCCUCUCGCCUAUUGUUGGAGCAUUCAUAACGCAAUCAUAUCUUGGCUGGAGAUGGACCGAAUAUAUCACGGGUAUCAUGGGAGCUUUAGCUUUGAUUCUCGACAUCUUGUUUCUUGAGGAAACAUACAGCAAAACACUUCUCCAAAGCCGAGCUGGAAAGAUUCGAAAAGAGACUGGCAAUUUUGCCAUUCACCAUAUCAGCGAAGAAGAGAUCAUCACCUUCGAUGGUCUAGUCAGAAAACACUUCUUACUUCCAUUCAAGCUUCUUUUUGGAGAACCAAUUGUUUUCCUCAUCACCCUUUAUACCGCCUUCAUAUAUGGUAUCUUGUACCUCUUCCUGGAAGCAUAUCCUAUUGUGUUCGCCGAAUACCGUGGGAUCAACCCAGCAGUUGCAACCCUUCCCUAUCUGGGUAUGAUCGUCGGUGUUCUCCUCGGCUGUGGUAUCGUCAUUGCCUUCGAGCCAAGGUAUAACCGCAAACUCAGGGAGAAUAACGGGGUUCCAGUUCCAGAGGAGAGACUUGUCCCAAUGAUGGUCGGUGCCUGUCUGUUCCCUUGUGGUCUGUUCUGGUUUGCAUGGACAGGAAAUUAUCCUUCCAUUAGCUGGGCAGCUCCAACUGUUAGCGGUAUAUUGACUGGCGCUGGUAUCAUGACCAUCUUCCUCCAGGCUUUGAAUUACCUUAUCGAUUCAUAUUUAGCCGUGGCAGCCAGUGCCAUCGCGGCCAAUACUUUCCUUCGAUCCUUCUUCGGUGCCGGGUUUCCACUGUUCGCCACAGCAAUGUUCCACAAUCUCGGGGUACAAUGGGCUGCUAGUUUAUUGGGUUUCUUGGCUAUCGCGUUUCUACCAAUUCCUUUCUUGUUCUACAAGUACGGUGAGAGAUUGAGGAAGAUGUCCAGCUAUGCUCCGACCGAUUCUGGUUCACCUAAAAAUCAGCCAAGCGACGAAGAGUCUGGCACUGCAGUUGCCACUGCAGCACCUUCUAUUGAUGAAGACAAACAGGAGGUAUAUCUCGUCUGGUCUCGCCUUCGACACAUACCCGGGCCACGGUUUGCUCCAUUCUCAAAUUAUUGGAUACUACGAGCAGCUUUAUCUGGAAGAAUUCCACAACUACUCAACGAUGUGUCCGAAACAUAUGGUCCACUGGCACGUAUAGGGCCAAAUGAUCUUAUUUGCAGUGAUCCGGAUGUCAUUCGACGUAUGAGUACCGCAAAAUUGGGAUAUCGAAGAUCAGAAUACUAUAGAUCUUUCGCUUUCAAUCCCGAUCGAGAUACUAUGAUAUCGACUAGAGACGAGAAGAUCCAUGCCGAUUUGAAAGCCAAAACCGCAGCAGGUUACUCUGGCAAAGGCAUUGAAAACCUAGAGGAAUCUAUCGAUAGACAAACUGAUGCAUUCAUCGGCUUGAUUGAGCUAAAAUACCUUUCAACGCCAACAGAUUUCCGACCUGUUGACUUUGCCAAAAAAGUGCAGUAUUUCACAUUGGAUACAAUCACAGAUGUAGCUUUUGGAAAACCCUUCGGAUGCCUUGGUCAAGAUGGCGAUAUGCAUGAGUACAUCAAGACUGUUGACGAACUGUUACCGGCUGCUGUAAUUGCAGGCAUCUUCCCAUGGUUGUUGACCUUAACACGAAGCGUGAUUUUUAAGCCGUUUGUAGCAACCGAAAAAGAUAAAUUUGGGUUUGGAAAAAUGAUACAAGUUGCGAAGGACAUUGUUGCGGAGCGAUUUGGAGAAGCCAGAAAGACUCGAAAUGAUAUGCUUGGGUCUUUUGUUGCGCAUGGUCUCAGUCAAGAGGAAGCAAAUUCAGAGACAUUGCUUCAAAUAAUCGCCGGCACAGAUACAACAGCAACGGCAAUUCGGGCAAUGUUACUUUACAUCACAACCUCUUCAUCUUGCUACACGGCUUUGCAAGCUGCCAUUGACGACGGUGUUAAUGGGGGUAGAAUAUCUUCCCCUAUUACCGAUGCUGAAGCCAGAGCACUUCCUUAUUUGCAAGCAGUUAUCAAAGAAGGUCUUCGAAUAUUCCCAGUAGUCGCGGGUCUACUUCCAAAACAGGUACCCGAAGGUGGCGAUAUUAUCAAUGGCUUUAAAGUCCCGGCUGGAACUAACAUUUCACUAUGUUCAAUCGCCAUCACACAUUCGAAAGCUAUAUUUGGGCCCGAUGCAAAUAUUUUCAGACCAGAAAGAUGGCUCGAAGUUAAGGAUCAUGACAAUUUGAAAAAAAUGAAUCUUACAGCCGACUUGGUUUUUAGCUCUGGGAAAUGGUCAUGUUCUGGGAAAAAUAUAGCCAUGAUGGAGAUGGGCAAGGUUCUUGUUGAAGAGAUUUGA